CAUGCUUUUACUUACAAUACACUUGCAGGCUGGGCUAAGGCGCACGUCUUAGUCGUUUCUGUGUUCACUCUUAAAUAACAACAUCUAUCACUUGGAAACACUUGUAGGUGAAACAUUCUGCCACAGGCUCUUCUUUUCACCCCAGGUUUUUUUUCUCUCUCCCCCUCUCUCUCUCUCUCUUCCCUCCCUUGCUUCGUUACGUUCUCUCUACUUCACAUGUAUGAAUGAGCCACAAGUGUACCUCAACUCAGCCUUCUAUAGCAAGUUAUCCAAAUCUGGAGUAGCAAAUUCCAUGCCGCCUGAAACCUGAAUCGAGUGUCAUAUAAAACAACAUUUAGGAUCCUUUGAGGGAAAAAGGACUCAAAAGGCCAUUAACUUGCAUCAAAGUGUGUCUACCUAAUUUCUCUUGUGUCAGCGAUCCUGCUUUGAAAUGGCUCAAAUUCAUUUGAGAGCUCAGUCAUUGAACCAAGGCUGCCUCAAACGAAGCGAUUAUGACACGUUUCCCUCGGAAUAUAAUGGGAACCACACGUCAAGCCUAACAGAGUGACAGACAGAGAUCGCAUUAAGACCCUUGACACAGAAGAAGCGUCAAAGUCAUUACCGGUCCAAGAAGAUGUCAGAUGGAACCUUGGACCAAUCAAGUCGUCGCCACGUGCCUUGGAGACACUUCCUCAAGUCCAAGAUGAUGUCUGCAGAAUCGGGAGGAAAUUUCGGAUUUGGAACACGAUCACAAUCAAUGGACGGGAGUUUUUUCAAAGAAGACCUUAGACGGUCUUCAUUAACGCCCGAAGUGCUCAAGACGGGUAUGGAUUGUUUGGCCAAUUCUCAAAGUGAUAUUACACAAUCGAAAUUUGGAAUGGAGUCUAUUAUUGAGCGGGAGCGCAGACUCAUUCGCGAUUACGAACUGAGAGAACGAAGCUCUUCCACACCGGAUUGUUCACUGGGCAUGGAUUUCGAAGGUCAUCCUUUGGCCCAACGAGAUCAAAAACGACAUCGAAGUUUAAGAAUUGGCGCCAAUUUCCGUCGUUGGUUGAUCCUUCGUCUGGAGACUGGCAAAAAUCGGAAACGGGCCAUGGAGGAUGUCAAGAAGGCUCACAAAGCUAUGAGUACUGCUGAGGACAUGCUCUUACAAAUGGAAAAGGCCCUUGAUCAAGAGGAAGAGUUCUUACAUCAAAGGGCGGAUCAACUUCGGCGACAAAGUGUCGAGCUUUUCAAGGUGGUGAAGCAGCCUUCAUCGGGCAAUGAUUACGCAUAUGAUAACAGGGCCGUCGAGGAUUUAACUGAUUCAGAUGAGGACAAUACCGAUUUCAUUACUGAAACCUCGGAGGUUAAAGUGGACCAAGACGAGGAUUCCUCGUCGUUGAGCGUAUUCAACUUGAACCUUGGCUCUCCUGAAUACUUUCAUCAAAAUGCGGAUGGAUUCCUCGAGCACCUGGAGACCCCAACCGAGCAGAGGACAUUCGAUUAUCUUAUCGAGGAUUCUUCCACCUUUUCCAAUGAUAAGGAGGAAUGUCAUACAAAACUAUAAGCCUCUGAUCAAAGAUGGAAUAAAUCGAAGAAGACAAAAAAAACUUGCAUGCCGUGAACCACGUCAAUCUUUAUUCAAAGCGGGUGGUCCAUUCUCGUUUGUCCUCUCCCUAUGAUGAAUCAGUGAACUGUUUAGGUGGAUAAAGACCCGCCCCUCUCCGUCUAUUGCCUGUAGAUAUCAUACUCUCUAUGUAAUACAUCCUCUCUUAAUUUUUCCACAAGUAAACUAAGUUGAUAUCAACCUUUAAAAACAAUUCAUUGAAACGAGUGACAACCGAUAGGGACCCAUAAGAUGACUAUGAAAUGAUCGAAUUCAAUUUAACCUCAUACCUAUACCCGUACUGCUCCCAAAAUUCAGGCCUCAACC